AUGGAUGGCAUCGAGCCAGUCUCCUCGCAUGAGGAGCUUCAACCCACUGUACAAGGUGGCACCAAUCAAUCAUUGAACGCCUCGGAAACAGCUUCGGCUACCGAAGAAAGGUCCGACAAUCCAAAGCGAAAAUUUGACGGAGAAGCCCAGAAAGGUGGGGAGGGAAAUGUGGCAGAUGCUGAGUCCAAGGAAACGCCAGCCGGAGCGCUUAUUCUCCUUGAACAGCUCCGAGCUAGGCGUCAGGCACGGGACAGUGGGACAUGGGAUGUCGAAGAUGCCGACCUAGAGCAUGCACAGAUGAACGACGUAGCAGUUCACGUUAUCUCCUGCUCUUCUGAUGCCUCCGACGAUUCCUCAUCGACUGAAAUUGGGAAAAUAUGUCCCAUGAGGCGAUCUCCAAGCUCUAUUGAGUUCGAGAACAUGACUUCCGUGCCAUAUCAUGCUCAGUAUCAGCGUAUUGUGGAGGAGGAAGAGGCCGCUGAAAUGGAGAGGCUCUUGCAACAGUUAGAUGAGGAACAGCAGGCUGUGCAAGAUAUGGCAGUAGCUCAGCGUUACCAGUUGAUGCAAGAGCAGAUUGCUCUAAUUCAGAUGCAACUUGGCAACGAAAAUGCUGAGGUUCCAGAUCUCAAGUGGCUUAUGGCCAAUGAUCCCGAUAACAGUCACGAACUUGACGAGGUCAUUGCGGCGUUCGCCGCGAGGGACGACGAUCUCCCUCAAGAAACGCCCGAAGCACCCGACAUUCCACUUACAUGCAAAAACUUCUUCUGCCGAUGCCCAUGGAGAGACAAUAUGAGAAAAGACGAAAAAAUGUUAGUAGAACACGCAACACAUGCGGGUGACAGCAUUCCAAUCGAGGAAAACAUCCCAGACGGAUCUGAUUCUUCUGGGAACGAGUCAGGGGACGCAGUGUGGUCAAAUCCGUAUAAUAUCUUUACCACUACGACCUGUGGGCAGUACGGCAUCAGCUUGAAGAUCGAACACUCCAGCAUGUCCUAUGAUCACGAUUUUGAUGCCAUAGCGAUAUCACCGCCUGGGCAUGGAAACACAACACAGGUAGAGGAGGACGGCGGAGGAUUUUGGAGCCCAGCGAAUUUCCUCAAAAACGGAUUGGAAUCUUGCUUGGGAGUGUCUCUAGCAAAGACAGUCGUUGUAUCCCAUAGCAACUUCGUCACCCGCAAGUAUUUCCUUCCGCUUCUGAUGUCAGAAAUCGCCCUGGGUUUCGUGCUCUUUGAUAGCUCCGUUGGCACCGAGUGGAUGGAUGAAUACGACACGGAUGUCAACGACCACAAGUUCUAUCAAGUCAGAACGAAACACUACCGAUAUGUUGGGAAAAGACGUUUAGCAGCAGCUGAAAAUAUUAUUCAAGCUCUGGAGGCCAGUUACCGGAUGCGAGAUUCCCCGAGUGUGAUAGACAGCAGCCCUUUGCAUGCUGACAGCCCAGCGCUGCAGCAACAGGUUCCACGAAUACUGGCAGCUACAUCACUUAAAGGAUACUGCCGCGCUGAACCUGAAGGACCAGAUGAUGCAUUUCCGACGAAUAGCACGCUAGGCCCCUUUGACUUUUUCCCGGGAAAGUACAAGUUGCCAGGGUGGGACACAGCGAGAAGGCGUUACCGAGAGACUCCAUUGGAUGCUCCGGCCGACGAAGGAAUGGAAACUCGAUUAGUAAACAGCGAAUAUUUCGCCCCGCUUCGUACUGCUCUUGCUGAAUUUCUUGAAGAGUUGAAAAGCCUCUCGCUUCAAGGGAAGCUGCAGGCUGAACAGCCACGGCCUCUUCGCUUUAACAACCGACAAGUUGAAUACGACAAGUCAAGAGAGAACACUACAAAGGUAGACCCGAUGGCAGUUUAUUGCAUUCAAGAAUCAGCUACCGAAGAAUCGGUUGCCCGGUCAGGUCCCUCAAGUGAGCCCCCCAUAGUACAUCUUGUUGACCCAGAAAAGUAUCUGCUUCAGAAAAAAGCUAAAGCACUGCGUAGCUCCUCCACCACUACGGCGCCUACCCAUGCAACAAGGAGGAGGCCCAUACACAGUCCCCCGAUGGAAGUAGGCUUCUCCAUUGGAGCCAUCAUCAGCAACUGGAAACCUUGA